CAAAUUUCUCGUUGCAACAGGCCAACACUCGGCAACAACAAACAAGAUAACUCGAGAAGAUAACACAGACCGUCUCUCUCUCUCUCUCUCUCUCUCUCUCUCUCUGUCUCUUGAGGAAAUAUAUAGCAAUGGCAGUGUCUAUAACAACCACCCCAUUAUCAUCUUCAACUCUUUCAUACUUCUCUUCUUCAUCACUCUUUCUCUCUCACAAGUUCACACACUCUUGCUCUCUCUCUAAAAAACCCACUAACCCCCUCUCAAUUUCUCACUCUAUCCACUCCCAGCUCGCCACGCUCCCCAUCCUCUCUUUCGACGGCGAAAAAGUCGGUGAGACCACCCUCUCCCUCAAAUCCGCCCCACCGGAGACCGCACGCGCCGUCGUUCACCGUGGAAUCACCACCGACCUGACCAACAGGCGACGCGGGACGGCGUCUACGCUCACACGCGCUGAGGUGCGCGGAGGAGGGAAGAAACCUUACCCUCAGAAGAAGACGGGCCGGGCUAGACAGGGGUCGAGACGAACCCCUCUCCGGCCCGGCGGAGGAGUGGUGUUUGGGCCAAAGCCUAAAGAUUGGUCCAUCAAGAUUAAUAAGAAAGAGAAGAGAUUAGCAAUUUCAACUGCAUUGGCAAGUGCAUUGAGUAAUGGGAUUGUGAUUGAGGAGUUUGGGGAUAGGUUUGAGAAACCGAAGACAAAGGAGUUUAUCGGGUUGUUGAACAGGUUGGGGAUUGAUCCGUGUGAGAAAUCGUUGUUCUUGAUGACUGAUGUCCCGGACAAUGUGAGGCUUUCGGGUAGAAAUAUUGGGACUUUGAAGAUGUUGACACCCAGGACUUUGAAUUUAUUUGAUAUUUUGAAUUCGGAUAAGUUGGUUUUCACGAAGGAUGCAGUGGAGUAUUUGAAUGAGGCUUAUGGGUAUGAUUUGGAUGGGGACAGUGAGAUUGAUGAGGAUGAGGAUGAGGAUGAGGACGAGGGUGAGGAUGAAGCAACCGAUGGAGAGGUGAACACUGAUGAGACAGAUUAGCACAUCUGCUGAUGAUAACUAAGAAGAGUUUAUUCUUUAGCCAAAAGUGGCAGAUCAAAGAUUGCAUCAACGGUUCACAUUAGGGUGGUUCUUUUUGUGCCUGUGUAAUAGGGUCUGUAACAGUUUGAUGACAAUUUUCACGUUAAUAUAUGAGGUUCUUUCUCUGUAUCAGUCACCUGAAAAUCACAUGGACCCUUUUUUGUAAGAUAAAAUCAUGAUGCAUUCUAAUUGUAAGUAAUCUAUUUCGUUA